AACGACAAUCUGAAGACUGCAAAUUUGAAAGAAAUUUCAAUGUAAAUUGACGUCUACGAGUGAUGAGGAAGUUAGGAGGAAGCUCCGUGUUUCCUCGCGAACUUUUUGAUCUUUUAUCCGCCACCAAACCUUCCUGUCUCAGCCCAUUGGAGCUAACCCUCGCUGAAUUCCUCCCUCAGAUUGGGUGACCCGUAUCGACGCAUCUGCUAUUCAAUCCGUUCUUAUCCAAAUAGGUUUUGCCUUGAUUUUUUGGUUCUCUUUUCUCGAAGUUCGGAUGGAUUUAUAUGGUGAACUUCGAUCUUGAGGGUUUUUUUCACUGUUUCCUCGCCGGAUGAGAAUCCUGCUGAAGCUAUUGAUCAAGAGGUGAAGAGGAGGAUCCUAAGAUGGAUGAUGCUAUUUUUGCUAGAUAUUGGUGUCAUAUGUGUUCGCAAAUAGUGAACCCAGUUAUGGUGGUGGAGCUCAAAUGCCCCUUCUGUGAUAGUGGGUUUGUGGAAGAAAUGGGUGGAAGGGAAGUACCUGGAACUGAAGCCAUCGGAUCUUCGAGAGCCCUUUCUCCUUGGGCUUCUAUCUUGCUAGAGUUGAUGGCUAAUCCUUCUCACCAUCAGCAUGACCAGAGGAACUCGAUCAGGGAUGGUUAUGAUGACUCUGAUCUGGAGCGUGAGCUGGAACCCGACAUGUCGAGGACGCUUAGGGAGUUGGAGGAGGAUAGCAUGAGGAUUAGGAGGGAGGAAGAGGAGGAUGAGUCGGAUAUCGAUCGUGAAUUGCAGUGGAUUGUGCGGAGGAGGAGGCGUAGCACAGCCAUACGUCAACUGCUUCAGAGCCUUCGUGAAGAUUUUAGGUCAGAAUCUGAUGACAUUGAGAGGCAUAAUGAAAUAGAAUCGGACUGGGAAAGUGAGAACGUGGUCCUGAUUAAUUCUUUCAAUCAGGCGAUCGUUCUUCAAGGAUCCUUCGAUUCUGAUCAGUUCCAGAGCCAGGGUUCUGAUAACACUGCUUUGGGUGCCUCCAUUGGAGAUUACUUCAUUGGAUCACGACUGGAUUUGCUUUUGCAGCAUUUGGCAGAGGAUGAUCUAAACAGAUACGGUACACCACCAGCCAAGAAAGAGGCUGUGAAUGGGAUGCCUAUUGUGAAAAUUGUGGAGAAGAUAAACUGUCCAGUCUGUUUAGAUGAAUUUGAAAUUGGAACUGAAGCUAGAGAAACGCCAUGUAAACAUAAGUUCCAUAAUGAAUGCAUUUUACCAUGGUUUGAGCUCCAUAGUUCCUGCCCUGUGUGCAGAUUUCAGUUGCCUGCAGAUGAAACAAAGCCUUCCAGUGGGUCAGCUGAUGGCAGUAGGACAGAGGUAUUUGUCAGGGGUGGUGGUGUUAGAGGUAGAAGGAAUAGAUCCAGGUCUUCUGCCUCAUGGCCUUUCGGCGGCUUGUUCUCAUUUUCAGGUUCGCAGAGCGAUGUAAAUUCUUCUCCAUCCCCAACAACUUCAUCAUCUACGUCUGAUCACAACAAUCCUGCAGAUGAAAAUUAAAAUGCGCUUCCUUUAAUUCCAUUUCUUGCUUACUUUUGCUGUAGUCCACUUGAUAUAUGGGAUUAUGAAUGUGAAGUGAUUCAAUAUUUCUAUAAUUGCUGCCUGGCUUGUAUUUGGAGGGAUAUGUUUGGCUGAGAUGAAUUUAGCUUUCUCAUGCCCUUGCAGUUUCCUUCAAUAAUAGUUGGCUGGUGUUGAGAAAUUAAGGCUAUGUUUGGGACGGCUUUCUUAUUGCUUCUUAAAGUAAUUUUCUAGUAUAACAAGUUUUAAUUUUGUAUCAGAAAAUAGCUUUAAGAAGCAGUAAGAAAGCCGUCCCAAACGAAGCCUAAGUUGUUGGGGUGGCGACCAUUACAUGGUUUGUGAAUCUAGCUUUCCUCCCUAUUGCUUUCGAAAGCUGGUUGCGGGGGCUUUUGUGUGUUUUUGUAUAUAUUGCUUCAGACAGGAAUUUCUUGUUAUCAUAAGUUAAUGUGUUUUAUACUGCAUUGCUUUCUUGGCGGAUACUAUCUGAAUGAAAACAUGAAUUUCAUCUUGGGAUCAA